AUGGCGACAGGAACAUCUUGGGAGGAGAUUGCUAGAAUAAAGCGAGAAUCGAUUCUCGCUCUUAUUCCAGAGAAAUGGCGACUCUCGACACCCAUCCCCCCCGCCAGCGAGCUGCGAGACGUGACCCAGUAUAUCGAGCAGUUCCUUUCUCCUCGAGAAAUUGAUAUUACCAAGCUGGAUACUGUUAGUCUGGCACAGCGCACCACCACUGGCCAGUGGACUGCUGUCGAGGUGAUAAAGGCAUUCUGCCACAGGGCAGCUCUCGCACAUCAGUUUGUCAAUUGUCUGCAUGAGAUAUUUUUUGAAGCUGCUCUUAAGGAUGCAGAGAAACUUGAUGUGUACUUUGCGGAGCACAAAAGGCCAGUUGGACCCCUCCAUGGCAUCCCCAUUAGCUUAAAGGAUCAGUUUCACGUCAAGGGAGUGGAAACUACAAUGGGCUACGUUGGUUGGAUUGGUACCUUUCAGGGUCAUGAAGGUGAUCCUCGACGGUUAGUUUUCGAGAGUGAACUGGUCAAGGAACUUCGCGCUGCCGGUGCCGUGCUCCACUGCAAGACUAGUGUCCCAGCAACCUUGAUGUGCGGCGAAACCAUCAACAAUAUCAUCGACUAUACGUGGAAUCCGAAGAACCGCUAUCUAUCGUCUGGAGGAAGCUCCGGAGGCGAAGGUGCCCUCAUUGCCCUUAGGGGAUCUGCAGGUGGGUUUGGCACUGAUAUUGGUGGUAGCGUGCGAAUCCCAGCUGCCUUUAAUGGCCUAUAUGGCCUCCGGCCCGCAUCGGGCAGAAUUCCCUAUGAGGCGGCUGCUAACUCAAUGGAUGGGCAAAAUUCCAUUCUUUCUGUUGUCGGUCCCAUAGCGACUACCGCGGGGGGACUGAAACUCUUGUUCCAGUCUGUGCUUGAUCAGAAGCCUUGGCUUCAUGAUCCCCUUACUAUUGAACUUCCAUGGCGGGAUGAGAAGGAGCAAGAAAUUAUUGGCAUGGUUAAGAGUUCUACUGAGGGCAAAGGGAAGCUUGCGUUCGGGUUAUUGAGUUGUGAUGGUGAGGUUCAGCCUCUCCCUCCUGUUGCUAGAGCUUUACAAAUUAUUAUUGAGUGGAAUCCGCCCUCGCACCUCAGGGCAUCAGAAUUGGCAAACGCUAUCUACAGCUUCGACGGCGGUGCAGACGCACACCAUCACUUUGGAAUAUCGGGCGAAACCUUCAUCAAAGAACUGUCCCUGUUUUUUGGCAAGGAGCCGAGACCGCAGAAGAAUGCGGAGCAAAUCGCGGCAAUCAAUGUCGCCAAACGGGAGUACCAAAAAUUAUACUUGGAAUACUGGAACAGUACUGCAGAUGUGACGGGAACGGGACGGCCCGCGGAUGGCUUUUUCUGCCCUGUGGCUCCAUUCCCGGCAGCGCGACGAGGAAAGACUAACUACGUCACUUAUACUACCUUCGUGAAUAUAUUGGAUUACAGUUCGAUCACCAUCCCAAUAACACUUGCGGAUAAGGCCGUGGAUAUUCUGGAGCUGGACUACAAGCCAUUGAAUGAACGGGAUAAGAAGAUUCAUGAUGAAUAUGAUGCCGAAAUUUUCGAUGGUGCCAAUGUCAGCCUGCAGCUUGUGGGAAGGAGAUUCCAGGAAGAGAGGCUAAUUUCACUGGCGGAAUAUGUAGGGGGAGUGGUCAAAUCAGCAUAG